UAAACCAUUCAAACUCGCAUUUCACUUACCGGUGCCUUUGUUCCCCCGCGCCCACAGCUCGUUUUUUUUUUUUUCCAACCCCCAACACCGUCGCCAUGCCUGCCAUGAUCCAGUCGCUCGCCGAGUUCAAGGAGAAGAUCGCCUCUGGCGUCGUCGCCAUUGACUUCACCGCUACCUGGUGCGGUCCUUGCCGCAUGAUUGGCCCCAAGUUUGAGGCCUUUGCUGAGGAGUUCACCAACGUCAAGUGCUUCAAGGUUGAUGUCGAUCAGGCCAGCGACGUGGCCACCGAGCUUGGCAUUUCCGCCAUGCCCACCUUCCACUUUUUCAAGGAUGGCGAGAAGGUUGACGAGCUCAUUGGCGCUGAUGUCAACAAGCUCAAGGCUCUCUUCCAGAAGUACAACUAAGCAACGGAUUUGCACCGCGUGCUGUCUGCUGCCCGAAUGGGCCCAGUGUCAAGCAUGCCAGUCGUGACGAGUUGCGCUGUAUCUUCUUAAUGUCCCUGUUGUUUUCGUACUGGACGCGCCUACAGUGACGCGCCCUACCUUACAUAUCGUCCUCUCAUCCACUGUCAUCCAUCAUGG